AUGUCCGGCCCGUACGACAAUAACGGCUAUGGACAAGGAGGUUAUGGGGGUACUCCAUAUGGGUUUGUCCUUUCGCGUACGAAUGAGCGACAGGUCUUGGACAACGCUGACAUUGCGAUCAGACAACCUGGCGGCUAUGGAGCUCCACCUGCCCCAAAUUACGCUCAAGGCGGCUACAACCAGGGCGGGUAUUCUGGGCAAGGAGGUCCUCCGCAACAUGGAGGUUUCACACACGGACAAGGCGCCCCAGCAUACGGAGGAUCAGAUCCAUACCAGCAGCAGCAGCAACAGCAGUAUCCAUCGCAGCACCAGUAUGGAGGGGUGCCGAAUUACUCGGACCCAUACCAGCAACAGCAGCAGCAAUAUCCUCAGCAGCCGCAGUACGGUGAUCAGGCAGGCUACCCAGGGGGACAAGCGCCCCCAGCAGACUAUUCGCACGGCGGUCCUUGGGGCCAGGGCCCACCACCAUCCGGCAACCCAACAAACCCAUACGGCUACGAGCGUGACCCACAAGACCCGAACAAUCCGCAAGAAGGCGAGCGCGGCUUCAUGGGCGCCGUUGCUGGAGGCGUCGGCGGACACAUGUUUGGCAAGAGCCAUGGCCAUGGCCUGAUCGGAACGCUAGCCGGCGCGUUCUUGGGAUCCAAAGCGGAAGAUAGCUUCAAGAAGAGGCACAGCGGACAGGGCAGGUACUAG